AUGAAAGACCUCCACGGUGAAUCGAAGGACCAUCAACUCACAGUUGCACUGCGUAUACGCCCUUUAAAUGAUGCAGAAAUUGAGGAAGGAGCGACAGUUGUCGCGCACAAAGUGGACGACCAGAUGGUGGUGCUGAUGGACCCGUGUGAGGAUCCGGACGAUGUUCUGAGGGCCAACCGAUCCCGAGAGAAAACCUACAUGUUUGACGUCGCCUUUGACUCCACUUCCACACAGGAGGAGGUUUACUUGGCAACAACUAAGAAUCUGAUUGAAGGUGUGAUAGCAGGUUACAACGCUACAGUCUUUGCUUAUGGACCAACAGGUGCAGGUAAAACCUACACGAUGCUUGGCUUAGAUUCUGAGCCGGGGAUUUAUAUUCGCACCCUGAAUGAUCUCUUCAGAGCUAUUGAAGCUGGAAAUGAGGAUAUGCACUGCAGUGUAUACAUGUCUUAUUUAGAGAUCUAUAAUGAGAUGAUCAGAGAUCUAUUGAACCCAUCCUCUGGGUAUCUGGACCUGAGGGAAGAUGCCAAGGGGGAGAUACGCAUUGCAGGCAUCACUGAAUUUUCCACCAGUAACGCAAAAGAGAUAAUGGCUCUUUUGACUAAAGGGAAUAAGCAGAGAACCCAAGAACCGACUGCCGCCAACAAAACCUCUUCACGUUCUCACGCAAUAUUGCAGGUGACUGUGAAGCAAAAAAGUCGAGUGAAAGACAUCAGUGAGGAGGUGAAAGUGGGAAAACUCUUCAUGGUGGACUUGGCAGGGACUGAGCGUGCUUCACAGACUCAGAACAGAGGGAAGAGAAUGAAAGAAGGAGCUCAUAUAAACCGUUCUCUGUUAGCACUGGCCAACUGUAUCAAUGCUCUGAGUGAGAAGGGAGGGAGGGGUGCUCAGUUUGUUAACUACAGAGACAGUAAGCUAACACGUCUCCUGAAGGACGCUUUGGGCGGGAACAGUCGGACAGUAAUGAUUACUCAUAUUAGUCCAGCCAGUUCCAACUUUGAGGAGUCCAGAAAUACACUCAUUUAUGCGGACAAGGCCAAGAACAUCACAAACAAGGUGAAGCGUAACUACCUUAAUGUGUCAUAUCACCUGGCCCAGUACACCAGCAUUAUCGCUGAUCUGAGAAAGGAGAUCGAGAGACUUAGAGCAAAGAUUGACCAACAGGGACAGGAGCAGAGGAAGGGGGAAAAACCAGACAUACGGGACAUACAAGCCGAGGUGCAGCAGUACAGUCGGAGGGAGAUGGCUGUCUUGAGGGAGCAGCUCCAGUCAGCCUUCAGGGAGCAGAUGGAGAUCAGGCGCAGUCUAAUGGAGCUGGAGAACUGUAACAUGGAGCUCCACAUUGACACAUCCAGACACCUCCUCACUAUCUCAGAUUGGGAGCGUGAGCGGGCCCGCUGUGCCAAGAGAUGGAGGGAUGCAGGAAAUGGAGAGAAGAGAGACAGAGGAAAAGAUGAAGAGCAAGAUAGUGAAGGAGAAGAACCUCAGGAUGUGACCGCUGCUCGUGAGGAAAUCGGACCCCUGCUUGCCGAGCACAGAAAAACUAUGGCACUGAAGGGUGAAUUGGAGGAGAGGUUGAUGACCAUGAAGCAGAAGUCAUCUAAGAUCGAAGAACUGCUCCCUAAACACAUCAGUAAUGAGGAACAGCGGGAGAUUCUGACUCUGCUGUGUAAAGUGCAUGAGCUGGAGCUGGAGAACACUGAGAUCCAGUCCGCUCUGCUGUGCAAGGAGAACGCCUUACGCUCGAAAGACUUUAUCAUCCAACGCCACGAACACCAACGAGCACUCUGUGAUGACAUCAUCCACCAGCAAAAAACCAUUAUCGAAGAUCAUGGUCUGUCUAUGCCGGAGGAGCUCCAGGAACUGUACACUCUGUACAUGAGUGAGAUUAGGGAUGGAGGAAUUGACCAGAUACUCACCCUACAAACACUAACCUCCACCACUAUGAGACUGAAGCUUGAUGACAUCAUCUCAGAUCUCGACCCCAAUGAUCUUUGCCCCCAAACAGGGAUAGGGCGAGACAACAAGAAGUCCAGCACCAGCAGUAAACCUUCCCCUGGCUCCUCCUCUGGUCCUGAACAAGACAGUGACUGUAGGGUGUUUAAAUCCUCAUCUAAAACUCAGACUCUGAAACGUUUCCCGCAGUCACCCAGCCCUCCAUCUGUUUCUGAGGCUGUAAGUCCAGACACUCGAAAGGAAAUUGUCACCGACACCAAGGGCAUCUCCGAGAUUGUUGCCCGUCGGCGUUCACGUCUGCAGGCCAAAGAGCCCAGCCCCCCCGUAGGGGUAACCGUACCAGCAGAGGGGGCCAGUAACAUAACGGGGGAGCUUUCUGAAUCAGAUCAGAACACACAAUUACCUCAGUUAGCAGAGGGGGGAACUGGGGGAGGGAAGGAGAGCAUGUCAGACCACACACCCACCAAGCUCCAGUGUGACAAUUCAAACACCUCAGUGACCGAGACAGACGCGUCCAACACCACUGCCAAUGUCACUAAGGCAAACACUUUUUCCACGGCAACCUUCACCAAAGCAACCGCGGCAGCAGCGGCAGCACUUACCGCCGCAGCUCUGAGCAACGCCGCCACACCCGUCUCUACAGCCACCCCCAGCGACAAAGCUACACCAGUGCCCGCGGCUAAUUUCACCAGCGUCACCGGUGUGGCCCUGGGGAAAGGGGCGAAGUUGUCAGUGAGUGUGGAUGGACUGGUGGAAAGUUUGACUGAUGGGACUAAUGAGGCCAAGAGACCCUUACCCAGACCCACAGGCAGCUCCCAGUCCACUACCAAGAGAGACUUCAGCAGAUUUCAGAGACCCAUCAAGGCCGAAUCACCAGAGAGACUUAGUCGGAAAAAGCGCUCCAGGUCUUUUGAGGUCAAUGGAAAACGGCAGAAACCCAAGAUCAGUCCAUCCAGAAACCGUUGCUUAGAAAGCAUCUCAGACCAUCGCCUCGUUCAUCCGUCACCGAACACAACACAGCCUGUACUGAGCAAUUCUCCAAGUCCACUUAAACUCAACGUAACUAAACUCAAACAGCCAACUGGUCAUCAUGCAGGAGGUGGUCAGCUACAGAAACUGGAGAUAAGAGGAACUCCACCCAGCACCAUCCACCACAGACAUGCAGAAGGAAGGAAAGCCCAAACGCUCCAUAAACAACCGCGAAGUGUGUGUAAGAAAGGUCCAACCGAAGUUUCCAGCACUAGCCAUCUUCUACAACAGCCUGGAAAUUACAAGAAACUUGCCAAUGGCAAGUCUCGCCAGAAAGGAGCCACUGAUACAAGCAGAAAGAAGGAAAUACAUCUAAAGAAAGUCCAUCUAUUUGGCAAUUUCUGGAAGGACCUUGUCAUGCCUCCACCUGUAUCGGCCUUCUCCCAGUGCUUUGGGACAUCCAGUCAAGAUGUGACUCAGGGUGCAAGGGGUUGCUCCACACUCCAUGCAGGAAGGGCCAUCUUCUUUGCCCCAGAUCUUUACGUUGUUUGGAAUUGGCAAGAGGUCGGCCACAGCAUGCAGGAGGAAGGUCAGCUUGCCCUGGGAGUUCCAGAGGGAGGGGGCAGCAAUGGAGAAGACUCUAUCACCCCAGGUCCAGUGCUUGGUCCUGCAUGGUACAGACAGGAGUUUUGCAUCAGAGGAACUGAGGCUUUGGGAAGGAGCGUGGAGAUGGAGCAGGUAGGUGAGAUAGGAGGGGGCCUGGUUAUGGAGGGCUUUGAACGUGAAAAGGAGAACUUUGAAUAG